GAAGUAUAAUGAAUGCAAGAGUUCUGAGAACCAAUCAAUUUCUUGAAUAUGGAAAUUCUGCAACGUUCAUUAUAUAUGUAUCUAUGUAAAUCUUGAACAAAUCUUUGGCUGUUGAAAUGUCCAGAAGACAAUUAUUUUCAGUUUAGGGAGAAAGUGACAUACCAACUACACAUGGUGGCCAUGAUUUUCUCUGCAAUCUGAAACUAUAAGCAAACUUUGCCUUUAACAAUUUUACACUUGGUUGGCAUACCUGUCACUGUACCCUUUUGCUUUUUUUUAUAUUUUCUUUGCUUUUUCUUCCCUCCUUUUUCAAAUCAAAACCAAAUUUUAUUCUUCCAAGAAUUUUCCCAGGAAAAACUUUCCUGUGAAAAGUCUUAUUAUUGAUAGUCCUCCUUUGUCGUGUCACCAUAGCAUUUAAUGCUGUGUGCAGUUUCCCGUGGGUUUUCCUUUACUCAUAUUUAAUUCGAUUUAAUGAGGAGGUGAUCUUGUGGUUAAGGUUAGUAGUACUGGUGUUUUGACAUGGAAAUGGAGAUCAAGCACGAUGAAACGGUGUCGAAGAUGGAGGAUUAUGAAGUGAUAGAGCAGAUUGGGAGAGGAGCUUUCGGUGCUACUUUUUUAGUUCAGUAUAAAUCUGAGAAAAAGAAGUAUGUGUUGAAGAAGAUCCGUUUAGCAAAACAAACAGCUAAGUUCAAGCGUACUGCUCUUCAAGAGAUGGAUUUGAUAGCAAAGCUGAAGAACCCAUAUAUAGUAGAGUACAAAGAUUCAUGGGUGGAAAAGGAAUCCUCUGUGUGCAUUGUGACAAAUUACUGCGAGGGAGGAGACAUGGCUGCCAUGAUAAAAAAUUCUAAAGGGAAAGUUCCUUCAGAAGAGAAGCUCUGCAAAUGGCUGACUCAGCUGCUGCUGGCUGUGGACUAUCUUCACUCGAAUCGUGUCAUUCACCGGGAUAUAAAAUGCUCCAACAUAUUUCUUACAAAAGAAAAUGACAUAAGGCUAGGUGACUUUGGACUUGCAAAAUUGCUCGGCAAAGAUGAACUCACUUCCUCGGUUGUGGGCACUCCAAACUAUAUGUGUCCAGAGCUACUUGCUGAUAUACCCUAUGGCUACAAAUCCGAUAUUUGGUCCUUAGGUUGCUGCAUAUUUGAAAUUGCUGCACAUCAACCUGCAUUCAGAGCUCUUGAUAUGGCUGGACUUAUUAGCAAAAUAAACAGGUCCUUCAUUUCUCCACUGCCAACUGCAUAUUCGUCGUCAUUGAAAAGAUUGAUUAAGAGCAUGCUGAGAAAGAACCCGGAACACAGGCCAACAGCCGCGGAGCUGUUGAGGCAUCCCCAUUUGGAGCCAUAUGUUGCUCAAUGCCACAAGUUAUCGCCUGUGUUUCUCCCGAUAAAGUCUGAGCUCAGCUGCAGGGAUAAACCAAAAGGAACCGGAUUAGCUAGCAAAUUUGGCACUGGAAAAGAAACAAAAGGCACAAAGGCGACGCCACCAAGGGAGUUCUUGUUUGUUUGGGAAGAAAAUUGUCAUGCAAAUGCUUCAAAUUUUGAAACCAAGUUGGAGAGUAUGCAAAAAGAACUGCCAGUUGUUAAAGAAGUUGACACAGAAGGUGUGCAUACUGAUCAUAGAAAGGCAUCGGAAUUGAGAAGAAAUAACAAAGAUGAACACAAUGCACCGCGUUUAGAAAGAACUUUAUCAGCGCGCAAAACACUGCAAUGUGGAAAUAGUGAUGGAGCAAAAGAAAAUGGUCUUGGCCUUUUGAAACAAGCAAGAAAAAGCGAUAUUCGUGAACUGAUUGGGGACUCUAGUGACUCGCUGAUGAGUACAAUAACGUUUCUGCAGAGCGAGGAGAUGAGGCUAAAGCAGGAUCCUCGGAGCCAUCAAAGAGCAGAAGCCCUGGAAUCACUGCUAGAGAUUUGUGCAAAUCUUCUUCGACAGGAAAGGCUGGAGGAUCUUGCCGGUGUUUUAAGGCCAUUUGGCGAAGAAACUGUGUCUUCGAGAGAGACUGCAAUCUGGUUGACAAAGAGCCUAAUGAAUGCUCAGAAAAAUGGUACUGGUGGAACUUAAUUAGCAACUUUGAAAGUGAAACUAAUAAUCCAUACUAAUUAGUCAUGUAGCAGUCAUCUCAGAGUGUCUUCAAUGGCUGCUGAUGAGAUUGAUGCUAACAUGUAAAUUAAAGCCAAAGUGUUGUAAAGUCUUCACAUAUAUCCCAGUUUUUUAUAAUAUAAUGUUUCGAUUCACAAACGAAACGCUCGA